AUGGCUCAUGCUAUAUUGUCCAUUGUGGGGAACCUGCUGGUGCUUAUUAUGGCAUUUAAGCACUCAUCUCACAUGAAGCCCCCGGAGCUGCUGAGUGUCAACCUGGCGGUGACAGACCUGGGAGCUGCUGUCGCCAUGUACCCUCUGGCUGUGGCCUCGGCCUGGAACCACCACUGGCUGGGAGGAGACACCACAUGCAUCUACUACGGCCUGGUAGGCUUCUUCUUUGGCACGGCCAGCAUAAUGACCAUGACCGUGAUGGCUGUGGUGCGUUUCGUCGUCUCCCUCAGCCUCCAGUCUCCCAAGGAGAAGAUCAGCCGGAGGAACGUGAAGCUGCUGUGUUUGUGGACGUGGCUCUAUGCCCUGCUGUGGGCCUGCUUCCCUCUCCUGGGCUGGGGCCGGUACGGUCCAGAGCCCUUCGGCCUUUCUUGCACCCUGGCCUGGGGAGAGAUGAAGGAACAAGGCUUCUCCUUCGUCAUCUCCGUCUUCUCCUUCAACUUGCUGGGGCCCUCCUUCAUCAUCCUCUGUUGCUACUUUGGCAUUGCCUUGAAGCUGUACAUUACCUACAAGUCCCUCGACCACAGCAAAAAUAUCCCAAACAUCAUCAAGAUGCACCGCCGCCUUCUCAUAAUAGCAGUCCUGAUCAGCCUGGGCUUCAUCUUAUCAUGGGCUCCAUACGGUUUGGUGAGCCUGGUGUCUGUUGUCAGGGGCAGUGAGUUCAUCCCCCCUGAGGUGACCAUGCUGCCCUGCCUGUUUGCCAAGUCCUCCACUCUUUACAACCCCCUGAUCUACUAUAUCUUCAGCAAGACCUUUAAACAGGAGGUGAAGCAGCUGUGUGGUAGAUCCAACGCAUGCCACGCUUCCAGCGCCAGGAACAACAUCACGGACAACGCCAUCUACCUGGUGUGUGACGGCAGCCGGACGGAGAAGGGGGAGAAGGUGGUGGCCACGGUGGUUGGGAGGACCACUGAGGAUAAGUUGUCCUGUGGGAAGAGCCGGGAGAUGGAGACCAGGUUAAACUCAUUCGACAGCCAAUAG